CUGGACUAGAUGAGAAUGCUCACAGUCAAGGCCCAACUUGGCCUGAUCUGGGGAGAAAUAAAGGAAGCUCUGCUGCCGCUGGGGUGCUCCCAGUGUGGCUGCAGUUGCCCCCAGAGUCCUGGGAACCUGCUGAUCCUUUUGCUGUUCCUGAUUUGGCAUUUUCGGAGAAAGUAUCACCAAUGGCUCCCAACCAAGAGGGAUGGGAGUCAAAACCCAGUCCUUCCAUUUCUAUUCCUUAUCGCCCAUAACUUCCUAGAGAAAGCCCAAAGUUGGAAGCCUCAGAGCUGGAAAAGACUUCUGUUCCGUAAGGAGAAAGAGGAAGAGGAAGAGGAGGAGCAGGAGGAUGAAGAGGAGAAAGAAGAGGAUUUGUUAAGACAAACGAGGCUAGACCCUUGGUGGUGUUUCCACCCUAACAAAAUGGAAGCUGAGCCGAAGACCCCUUUCUUCCAAACAGAGACCUUAGGGACGCCAAAUGAAAAUGUGGGGAGUCUGUACCCCUCAUUCUGGGGUCCUGGUGGGACAUACCAGCCUUUUGGAGGUUCUGAAGGAUUCCCAGUCCGAACAGUGACACCAGACCCGGGGCCCAACUCUUAUUACCUCCCCAAACCCGCUGGCCUGAUCCAUCUUCCCUCCUCCCUCGAUCCCCUAUCAAGUGCCAAGGCAAAGGGAAGCAUUCAGCUCUUCUGGGGUCUCCCUUCUCUUCACAGUGAGUCUUUGGGAAGCACUUUCUCUAAGUCUGGUUGCACCUUCCCCAUGGGGGCUACUAACCAACAGCCAUUUUCAGACAUGCCUCUUAUCUUUUUCAAUGAGCUUUCUUACCUCCCCCUACCCAACCUAUUAGUUAAAACAGUGUCCCUUCCUCCCCCAUACCUGCCCUCAAUCUCUCCCUUCCCUGUCUUGCCCAAAAAUUGUGAGGUUGCAGAAAUGGCAUUUCCUGAGCUCCCAAAUGACCCCCAAAUCCCAUGGGGCACUUCUGAGUCCCAGGAGCCAAUCCUAGAUCCAUUGCUACCUUUAUUUUCUCCUCCACGUUCCCCAGGGGACCCCCAAGAAAUUGACUUCAUGGAAGUCACAAAAGUGAUGGCUUCAGAGGAAUAUGAGGUUCCUGGGUCCCAGGACAUGCAACAGAGUGAAUUAGUUUGGCUCCCCGAAUCCCUAGCCCAGACCCCCAGCUCAAUCUCAGUCCCCUUUCCUGAAACACAAGGAGUAAAUGGUCCAAUGGAAGACCUCAAAGUAACAGUCUCUGAGGCCCUACUGGAAGACCAAUGGCAGACCCAGCUUCCCCAGGACCCUGAACCACUCCUCAGUGCAUCCCCACCACAUCUGCUGAGUCCCCAAAGAUGCGGUCUCACGGGAACCUCCAGUGAGACGGCCCCCAUGACCCUGCCUGGGCCCAAAGCCCCGUGCCAUAACACCCAGCAAAGCAACGCCCCCUGGACAACUGGGACUUCAUGUCUCAGCCCGCAAGGAACCGACCUGACAGAGAGUCCCAGAGUCACCACUCCCAUGAUUCUUCAUGUACCUGAGGUCCCAUGGCACAACAGGCCUGCUGGGCCUCCGGCCCCGGGGCUUACCAUGGGCUCCCAGACUGAGCUGCAAGGAGCCAGCUCUAUUCCGGUCCCCAAAGGGACAGCCCCGAGCUGGGAUAUAAUGCAGACCCAGCCUCCUUGGACCCCAGGCCUGCCUGCGUUCUCCCAGGCUGAAGAAGCAAACUCUAAGGAAGUCCCUGUCCCCUUGGCUGCAUCAGAGCCCCCAGGAUGGGGGCACGACACCCCGCCCCUGGAGCCUCCAUCCCAGAUAUGGCCCCCCUCUGACACUGGAGAGGAUGAGCACCACCCACCAGAGACCCUCUCAGUGUCCAGGAUGUCCCAGGAGGAGGGAGCAAUCGGAGAGACACCUCUCCCCACCCAGAGGGCCCCGGGCCUUGGAGCUGAAGGCUGUGCCUGGAACAAAGAACCCAGAACCCAGUUUAAGAAGCACCAGUACAACCUUGACCCCCAUUCCCUAGCUUCCAGCCCCCCAUUCCCGGGCCUAUUUUUCCCUAGGACUCCUAUUCAACAAGAGCUGUGCCCCCAACUUAUCAGAUCCCACCCCCCAACCCAACCUACCAAGGGACUGUGGGAACCCCACCCAACUGUGCCCACGUCCAAGCAAAGAAGGCUAUGUCUCAAGAAGUUCAGCGCCUGCGCUGCCAACCUGCUGCUACCCAUCAGCCACAGCUGCAGGAGCUAGCUAGAGAUGGGCAAGACCCUGCCAGGGAGGGCAGAGAAGUCCCUUUGGCAGCUCCCCAAAUUCCCAACCUCCAGGCCCCCGAGAUCGCAGAGCCCCAGCCCCUGAGUCAGCCCGAUAAGAGCCUGGCAGCUGCCAAAAUGCCAUGUGCCCCCAGGAGGGCAAGAGUGGGGGGCUCUGAGAAGCCAGGGCCCCCGGCCCCGGGCAAGAGCCACGCGAAGGCCGCAGUCCUGAGCCGCAAGAGGGAACACUCCAGGAAAUCCAAGGCCGGAGACCAGGGAGGAGGAGAUGCGGGCUGGGGAAAGAGUCAGGCCUCGGGCAGCAAGAAGCCUACCAGCCGGCAGCCUGUGAGAAGGUCCCUGGUACCCCCCCAGCGGGGGAGAAGGAAUCCCUGUCAGGCCGCUUCCCCUCCUAAACCGGAGACCUCCCAAGCUCUGCCCGCCCAGGACCCUUCCAAGGGG